ACAAUUUUCGUUCUUUAAAUUUUGAUUUUACAAAUUAUUAUGUCACAUCCCUCACAAAACAUGGAAGAAAACGUAGAAGAUAAAAACAGUCGCAGGCCAAAAAAUUCUGCGUUUAAACAACAGCGACUCAAAGCUUGGCAACCAAUUCUCACUGCUCAAGUCGCAACUAUAUUCUUCCUUGUUAUAUUUGUCUUAUUUAUUAUACUUGGGGCCGUUUUGCUCGUCGCUUCAGACUCGGUUAGAGAAAGAGUUGUAGAAUACACAAACUGUCAUAAGGAUGGCGUAGAGAGUGAGAAAUCCUGUGCUGAAUAUUUAGAGAAGAAUGUAAAUAAUCUUACUUUCUCAUGCAAAUGUAAAAUUAAAUUUGAGCUGGAGGAAGACAUUGACAAGCAAGUUUACCUUUAUUAUGGCCUUUCAAAUUUUUAUCAGAACCAUCGACGAUAUGUCAGGUCAAGAGACGAUGCUCAGUUACGAGGAGAUCUAAGCACUUCUGUUGCAAGUGAUUGUAAACCUUAUGAUAAACGAAAGAACAAUGAUAAUACAACUAAACCCAUUGCACCAUGUGGCACCAUUGCCAACAGUAUGUUCAAUGACUCAUUUGAACUAUACUUCAAGAGCUCACCACACAACCAAACAAAAGUGGGAGUGACUGUUCAUAACAUUGCAUGGAAAUCCGACCGUGAAACGAAAUUUCAAAAUCCAGAUACUUUUCCGAAUGAGCUGAAAAAGGAUUUCGUCAAGCCACCAAAUUGGCGAAAACCAGUUUAUGAAUUGGACAAAGAAGAAAGCAACAAUGGCUUUGAAAACCAAGAGUUUAUUGUUUGGAUGAGAACUGCUGCCUUUCCGAAGUUCCGUAAACCUUAUCGCAAGGUUAAUCAUGAGAAUAUGUUCGAAGAUCGUUUGCCUAAGGGGGAAUAUAUUCUCCUCAUUGAUUACAAUUACCCUGUAAUCAGUUUUGAUGGUGAAAAACGCUUCAUUAUCAGCAAUACAUCAUGGUUGGGUGGCAAGAAUCCGUUUUUAGGCAUUGCAUAUCUCGUUGUGGGCUCCAUAUCCGCAUUGAUGUCCGGAGUGUUCUUUUAUAUCCACUUGAGAGUCAAGUCCAGACGCCACGAUCAAGUGAACAACGUCGCUAUGGGCGCCAUCAGAAAUUAGUCUGUAAAUGACCACGAAAUCUCAUCUUCAACGUGCAAAUAACUAUAGAUUUAAACUUUUACGACAUUAAUAUAAAUGUAUUUAAGUUAAAUUAGCGUUUCUAACGGUUUCUAAUUAUUCAAGGUUAAUCAUUUGUUGAUUAUUAAUUUAACGUCUAUAAGCGUUAGUGUGUAUAGCAGGGCUAUAUAUUGAAGUUUAGGUGCUUAUCGUACUAAUCGUAGUGUAACUUCCCCUUUUUGGAGCGUUGGAACAUCCUCGUUCACAGAGGAUGCGUUGGAAGCGGCAAAAAACCCGUGACCUUUCGCGCCUACAAACACUAAAGAAGGUGGCUAGCUACUUUAUCUUCUGGCACAAAAAUGAAUCCUCGAAUCACGCGUUCUGAUGAAGGUGUAAAUUUUCCCCUGUUUUAGUCAAUGGCUUUCCUAAAAUACAUUAUAUUUGCCUCAGAACUCCAGAGAACUCAGAACUCUAUGACUACCAUAAUGUAAAUUUCUUAAAUGGACCAUGUCAAGUGUUUAUUGAUUGUAAAAAAUCAUACAAUAUAUUUAAUCUUUGCUGAGGCUGAUUUUUUUCUUUCGCUCGUUCUAAGUUUUCGCUCGUUCUAAGUCCAGGUAUACUAUGGUCAGUUGGCAUUGCUUGUAACUGGAACCAAAGAGGGAGAGAACAUUGUGUUUUU